CUGUACAUGGGUGUAUAGCCCAUAUAACCAAAUAUUGUCAUUUAUUAUUCAGAAUUUAACACUUAUAGUAAAAAUGAAGAAUUGGCAAAUUAUAUCAGUAUUGUUGUUAAUAUCAUGUUUGAAUUUUAACAAAGCAAUUCAAUAUAAAAAUUCAAAUGAUGAACAAAAAUGGCAAUUAAAAGAAGAUACGACUAGAAUGGCUGCAGAAAAUGGAAACUUAGAAUUGUUAAAAUAUGCAUUUGAAAAUGGAUGUCAAUGGGAUGAAAGAACAACAGAAGCUGCAGCAAAUAAUGGUCAUUUAGAAUGUUUAAAAUAUGCUUAUGAAAAUGGCUGUAAAUGGAAUCAAUUCAAUAUUGCGACAAAUGCGAUAAGAAAGAGUAAUCUAGAAAUAUUAAAAUAUGUUCACAAAAAUGGAUACGAAUUUGAUGAAUACACAACUAAUAUAGCUCCAACGGGUAAUAUAGAAAUUUUAAAAUAUGUUCUUAAAAAUGGAUAUCCUUGUAAUGAAAACACAGCUUAUAGUGCUGCCAUAAAUGGCAAUCUAGAAAAUUUUAAAUAUUUACAUGACAAUGAUUGUCCUUGGAAUGAAAGGACAACUUGUGGGGCUGUCAUAAGUGGUAAUUUAAAUAUUUUAAAAUAUGCACACGAGAAUGAAUGUCCGUGGGAUGAAAAUACAACAGACACCGCUGUUUCUAUCGGCAGUUUAGAAUGCUUAAAAUAUGCUAUUGAAAACAAUUGUCCAUGGGAUCAAUCCAAAAUUAGCAGAACUGCGAUUUUUAGAGGUAAUCUAGAACUAUUAAAAUAUAUUAAUAAGACUGGACACCAAUUCGAUGAAUCCACAAUUAACUUUGCUGCAUCAGGUUAUCAUGAAAUUUUAAAAUAUGUCCUUAAAAAUGGAUAUCCGUGUGAUGAAAACACAACUUUAAGUGCUGCCUCAAGUGGUAAUCUAGAAAAUUUAAAAUAUUUACAUGAAAAAGGAUGUCCAUGGGAUACAAGAAUAACUUACGAGGCUGCCCUUCAUGGUAAUUUAAGUAUUUUAAAAUAUGCACAUGAAAAUGAAUGUCCGUGGGAUGAAAGCACAACAAAAGCAGCUGCUUCUACCGGACAUUUAGAAUGUUUAAAAUAUGCACAUGAAAAUGGCUGUAAAUGGAAUGAACAUAUACCUGUUGAGGCUGCCAGAAGAGGAGAUUUAACUAUGUUAAAGUAUGCACAUGAAAAUAAAUGUCCUUGGAAUGAAAACACCAUAGAUGCAGCUGCUCUAAGCAGUAAUUUUGAAUGCUUAAAAUAUGCUUUUGAAAAUGGCUGUAAAUGGCAUAAACGUACAACAGCUGCGGCUGCCUUAGUUGGUAAUUUAAAUAUUUUAAAAUAUGCAUAUGAUAACGAAUGUCCAUGGCAUAAUAAAACAACAGAAGCAGCUGCUUCUAGGGGUCAUUUUGAGUGCUUAAAAUAUGCUUAUGAAAAAGGCUGUAAAUGGAGUAAACGUACAACUACUGCAGCUGCUCAUAAUGGUGAUUUAAAUAUUUUAAAAUAUGUACAUGAAAAUGAAUGUCCGUGGCAUGAAUACACAAUAGAAGCAGCAGCUUCUACUGGUAAAUUUGAAUGUUUGAAAUAUGCUUAUGAAAAUGGCUGUAAAUGGGAUAAACGUACACCAACUGCGGCUGCUAGAAUAGGUGAUUUAAAGAUAUUAAAAUAUGCCCAUGAAAAUGAAUGUCCGUGGGAUGAAAGCACAACAGAAGCAGCUGCUUCAAGUGGUAAUUUAGAAUGCUUACAAUAUGCUUUUGAAAAUGGCUGUAAAUGGGAUGAACGUACACCAACUGCGGCUGCUAGAAUAGGUGAUUUAAAGAUAUUAAAAUAUGCCCAUGAAAAUGAAUGUCCGUGGGAUGAAAGCACAACAGAAGCAGCUGCUUCAAGUGGUAAUUUAGAAUGCUUACAAUAUGCUUUUGAAAAUGGCUGUAAAUGGGAUGAACGUACACCAACUGCGGCUGCUAGAAUAGGUGAUUUAAAGAUAUUAAAAUAUGCCCAUGAAAAUGAAUGUCCGUGGGAUGAAAGCACAACAGAAGCAGCUGCUUCAAGUGGUAAUUUAGAAUGCUUACAAUAUGCUUUUGAAAAUGGUUGUAAAUGCGAUCAAUUUACAAUUACUGCAGCAGCCAGAACAGGUAAUUUAAAAAUAUUAAAAUAUGUACAUGAAAAUAAAUGUCCUUGUGAUGAAAGCACAACAGAAGCAGCGGCUUCUAGCGGUAAUUUAGAAUGUCUAAAAUAUGCUUAUGAAAAUGGAUGUAAAUGGGAUAAACGUACGACUACUGCUGCUGCCAAAAGAGGUAAUCUUAAAAUGUUAAAAUAUGCAAAUGAAAAUGAAUGCCCGUGGGAUGAAAGCACAACAGAAGCAGCUGCCUAUAGUGGUUCUCUAAAAUGUUUAAAGUAUGCUUAUGAAAAUGAUUGUAAAUGGGAUGAACGUACUACUACUGCGGCAGCCAGAAGAGGUGAUUUAAAUUUAUUAAAAUAUGCACAUGAAAAUGAAUGCCCGUGGGAUGAAAGCACAACAGAAGCAGCUGCCUCUAGUGGUUCUCUAAAAUGUUUAAAGUAUGCUUAUGAAAAUGAUUGUAAAUGGGAUGAACGUACUACUACUGCGGCAGCCAGAAGAGGUGAUUUAAUUAUUUUAAAAUAUGCACAUGACAAUAAAUGUCCUUGGGAUGAAAGCACAACAGAAGCAGCUGCUUCUAGUGGUAAUCUAGAAUGCUUAAAAUAUGCUUAUGAAAAUGGCUGUAAAUGGAAUGUACGUACACCUACUACUGCUGCCAAAAGAGAUGAUUUAAAUAUGUUAAAAUUUGCCCAUGAAAAUGAAUGUCCAUGGGAUGAAAGCACAACAGAAGCAGCUGUUUUUAGCGGUAAUUUAGAAUGUUUAAAAUAUGCUUAUGAAAAUGGCUGUAAAUGGUAUGAAGGCACAACUCGAUUUGCUGCAGCAAGUGGCUUUUUGGACUUUUUGAAAUAUUCUCAUGAAAAGGGAUGUUAUUUUGACAAAGAUACAAUAGUGGCAGCAGCUUUGCAUGGUAAUUUAGAUUGUCUAAUAUAUGCCCGUAAACAUGGAUGUGAUUGGGUGGAAGGUACAAUGAGAGGGGCUGCAGCAAAGGGCAAUUUAGACUGCUUAAAAUAUGCUCAUGAAAAUGGGUGUUUAUGGGACGAAGGCACAACGAGGGAAGCAGCUGCGAAUAAUAAUAUUAACUGUUUGAUAUUUGCACAUAAUAAUGGGUGUAAAUGGGACGAAGGAACUAUGAGUGGAGCUGCUGCAAAUGGAAAUUUAAACUGCCUAAAAUAUGUUCAUGAAAAUGAUUGUGAGUGGGACGAAGGCACAACUAGACUUGCUGCUGCCAAUGGUCAAUUUCGUUGCUUAAAAUAUGCUUAUGAAAAUAAUUGUUCAUGGAGUAUAGGUACCAUUUCUGAAGCUGCUCGAAAUGGAUAUACAGAUAUAAUCAACUAUGCUACUAAAAAUGGUUGUCCUAAUUAAUAUUCUGUUGAAAUAUACAAAUUUUUAUUAUAAUUAUUCAUGGCAAAUUAUUUUUAAAAAAAUUAACAGGAACUAAUUUAUUCAAUGUGUAUAUUGUAUCUAAAAAACACUGUUUAAAAAAAAAAAUUUACAAUAUUUUUAAUUUUUAAAUAAAAGUUUUUGUAUAAAUUGUUUGUACUGAUAAUAGUUUUUAGAAAAAAUCUCGAAAAAAAAGCUACAAUUUAUGUA